CAUCUUUUUCCCUUCAAUACCUUAGGUAUGUUCCUUCCACCUCUCACACACGCUAACCCUACAACUUCCCUAGCGCCUCGAAACCCAAGGGUUGCCAACUUGCUCCCCCUGUACAGCGGUGCGGUACCUCGCACCUGCGUUCCUGAACCCCCAAACUUUCCCAAUUACCUCCCCUCCGCCAGCGCCAGCGUUCUUUUCCAAAAAGCUCCCCUCUUCUUUUGAGACACGCUUGUCAGUGUCAUUGGCCCUGCAGACGGCCGUUCCCUUUUUCAUGACAAGCUCAGUCAUUCCUUUGCAAGUUAUUCCGACUUCUUCUACAAAGCGCCCAGUCUCUUUGCUUCCGCUCCCCUGAGUGGUCUCGCGACCCAAGCUCCACCCGCUUCCCACCUCCAAACGGCUUGUUGUCAACUCGAGCUGACGAGCUCCUCGCCGUUGCGCAAGGCCCGACAAGAUGCCUUGUCUUGUGGAGGACGCUUGGAUCAAUGGCCAGGCAACGAGUCACGAUGUCUCCGAGCUCGAGGACUGCGCGAUAGCCAUUGAUGCGACAUACUACCUCCAACUCUUCCUCGACACCCCUCCUUUCCACGAACCUCUCCUGCCCGCUCUGGGUGGCAUGACUGGCAUCGAGCACCAUCUCCGAGCUGAUAUCGAUCAAUGGAAGGCACACAAGAUUGUUCCCUUCUUCAUCUUUGAUGGACAGUCUGUGACCGGCCAAGAGGAGGUCGCCGUUCAGCGAGGCCGAACUGCCAACCAGAAGACGGACGAAGCUUGGAAGCUAUACUUCAACAGCCACGCACAGGAAGCUGUCGACGCGUUCGGUGCCAAUAGCGGCGCUUUUCGCAUCCAGAACCUCUACCCCUUGCUCAAGUCUAUCCUGAAGGACAACGACCUGCACUUCCUUGUUCCCCCCUACAAUGCCUCCGCUCAGCUCGCCCACUUCGACAUGAUCGAUUCAGACCAAUGCGCCGCUGUCAUGGGCUCGCAGGAGCUGAUCCUGUAUCCGAUCAAGGACACUCUGAUUCGCACGAUAGAUUGGGAGGCAAAGACCGUCACUUCGUUAUCCAAAAAGAACCUUGUGCGGUCACUGAACAUCAGCGAAGGCAUGUUGAGCGACGCUCUCCUCAUGACCGGAACCUCCUUCCUACCACCCUUCCCACCACUCCUGGACACUUCACUCAACCCACGCCAGCCUUUCACGAUCAACGAUGCUGUCAACCUUCUAAGAGCGUCGGAAAAAUCUGUCCAAUCAGCCUGCAGCUCCUACGGCGACAUUCUGAAGUCAAAGGACCCCAAGUGGCUGGACAAGUACAGACAAGCCAAGAUGGCCGUCAACCACUUCAUCUAUAUAUCCGAAGAAGGCGAGAUCAAAGUCAACGACUUUGAUCACAUCACAAGUGACAAUCACGAAUAUCUUGGUCUUCAGCUUCCUGGAGAGUUGUUCCACUACCUCAACACUGGUCUCAUUGGCUCUCGCGUCCUCGACUAUAUAACACAUAGCCGAAUCGUCGUCACGCCCACGCUGGACGGAGUUGCCUCAGAACAGUAUAGAAAACUGGUUACAAGCCAACUUGUUCCUCUCAAGGAGCAGAGCAUCGCGCUUCUGAUACCGAGACUUCACCGUGGUCUCCAGCACAACGCCAUCACCAUGAAGGUUUGGUUCGACGACAACUUCUCGUAUAAAAUCAACAAGUCUCUUCAGCCAUCACCAUCUCAGCGUGCCGCCACAUGGGACGUGAAGGAAAGCUCCUUCAAAACUGUUGCCGAAGGCGUCGAUGAACCCCCUGGAUCCAUUGCUUUCGAGAUUUUGGCACUCCUAUUCGAUGAUUUCGUCAAAGGCACCUUCCCCAAAGAGAAGAAGCGUAUUGGAGGCAUCGAUUCUGUUGAGAAUAUCACGGCGGUCGCCAUCUGGAGAUUCCUCCAUCUCCGCGGCUACGUCGAUGAUUCGCACACAUUGACGAACUGGGGUAACGCCGUUGCCAGCGCAAUCUGGGCGAUGAAGGAUUCGCUCAAGGACUUGCAGGUUCCUGAAGGUCUCAACAUAUUUGAGGCUAUCCUGAAUGCGUUCGAGCUCAUCAGGCACGAUGUGCUCAAUUCAGGCCAUCGACACGAAGAGCUUAACGGAGCGCCAAUGAACGGUACUGACGAAGAAAAGGCGAGCAUCCUUCUCAUCAGCAGAUGUGCCUCCCUAUUGAAACUUCGACACGAGUCUAAUGGAUACACCGGGCCGCUCAACAAGAACCUUCUCCUCUUCCGGUCACUUUCGACUGCUGUGCGUGAGGCGGAUCGCGACCUCGUUGAGGCAAUUGUGGCGUCCAUGUUCCUGUACGCACAGUCAAAGAGAGAUCGCAACGACUACCUGCAAAUCAGCCAGACUUUGCCCUUCCUCCACAACCCUGACAUCGCUCUGGGAAUUGCGGUCAAGACACUCAUGGACGAGCUUCCCGUCGGUGAUAUCGCGCUGCGACAAGCCAAAAUCGAAGAGUUCCCCACGAGCUUCUUCCCCUACGCUACCAACUUCAAGGAGGAUAUUCAACUUGCAUUUGCCUUUUUCGACGCCAUCCACAAGGGCGUACAGACGCUCAACAAGGAGGUUUCGGCAGCUGACAAGGCGGUAUGGUCAACAGCGAGCAAGUACCUAGACCAGAGGCGGUUUUAGGGCUGAAGAUGUCUGGCCUUGGAGCGUGGCGUUGGAGAAUCAAAAGCAGACGAAGGACUGGACAGCACAAGAGACGCGAGCACUAUGCGCUCCCGGGGUGGAAUAUGAGACAUUUGUCAGUCCGUGUAUAGCCUCGGGGGUUUGGAGCGUGCGGCGGGGCUCGAAGCUGGAUCCAGACAGAGAUCAAGUUUGCAUUACAAUUUUCAUAAAGCCGUAGGUUAGCUGUCCUAUAUCAGAUGUAUGGAAGCAGAC